AUGGAUGAUUAUACCGGAGAACUAUCUGGUGUAAUCCAGGCCGGUGAUUCGCUAUUGGCCAUUCAAGGCGAUUCACCACUUGGCAAGACUAUCGACAAACUGACGGCACGCUACCUCUCUCCCCCCACUGACGCUAUCAGUCGACGCCUCGCCUUGGUGACACAGUAUACCGUCGCUGAGAAUGUUAUCCCUACUAGUGGCGUCUUUGAUGUGCGAAUCAUUAAACGCUCUGCCAGCCUUGGCAUCAACCUCCAAGCUUCAAGAAAAAGUCGGCCCGGCGAACCUCUCUUAAUCAGCAAAGUGAUUCCAGGAAGUGUGGCCAGUCGGUGCGGGUCUAUAGGUCCGGGAGACAUCCUUCUCGCCGUUAAUGGUGUCUCUCUAGAGGCCUGUAGUAUCACUGAUGCCGCACGGCUACUUCAAACCUCGGAAGAUAUUGUCACUCUGAGGAUUCAAAAGCCCGACGAGGAGGCUGCUACACCACUUUCUGAUGAGGAUAUUCUUUCUUGUUGUCAGAGUGAUCUUGAAAUUGUCCGCGACGAUGACAACGGCUUUGGUAGCGGUUGUGGAGGGGGUGUAGAUGUCAUUAACGAGAUCCAGGACGAUGAAUUUCUUAGCCAAUCAGCGGAUGAAUCAAUAACGCAUUUAUUGCCGCCUCCACGAAUGUCGCGGCGGUACCGCAGUCAAAAACCGAAACGAACUCAGCACAGACGGGUGGGAGCAGUACCGACGACUUUGAGGAUGCAACAGCAAUUUCAGCAAUUUGAGAACGAAAUUGCCAGUGAUAGGAGAGGGAACCCUUCUGACAGUCUCUCAUCGGAUCGAUUCAGUGAGAAUAUGUGCUCUGACACACUCUUCGAAGUUCACAAAGUGCGGCUAAUCCGAUCACACCCCUCAUGUCCAUGGGGAGUGGUAAUAUCUGGCACCGACGACGUUAUCGAUGCACCCGUCUACAUUGAUUCUCUUACUCCAGGAAAACCUGCUGCUAUAUCUGGUCUACUGCGAGCGGGUGAUCGAAUCCUUGCAGUUAACGGUCUUGACGGUGCUGCUCCAAAACAGGCAGGAGGUAGUGGAUUAACACUGUCACUUGUCACCUCUCGACUCCAACAACCCUCCGAGCAAGUAACACUCUAUAUAGCGAGGGAGAAAAGUCGAUCGGAUUUUACAGUUCUUGGGCAGGGCAGUAGUGAUGCAACAAUGAAACAAUACUCCUGGGGCACUCUCUGUUCGCCAGUCACCGAGAUUAAUCAGUCCUUUGAUGAUGAGCGUGUAAGACCCUCCUCAAGGGCUCAGAUGCCAAGCUCAACUCCUGUGGCAGUGCCGUCAACAACACGUCUUAAAAAACAGAACUCGGCUUCCAAAACUCCCUAUCCGAGGCACUUUACAGCACCGCUUGGAUUCGGCACCAUUUUUAGUCGUGACUCAGGCUCCGGAUACUUCAAUGACUAUGGAGCAAAUUUUCAGCCUCCCACAUAUCGUAAAGCUCAGGGUGUUGGAAGAUCUACCGGCGAUCUUCUGGAUGUGCCUCGUCAAACUGUGGAUGCCUACCUCUCGAAGGAUGAGGUCACACCGCAUCAUCAGCAUCAUCGCCACCAUAAGGGCCAUCAGCAACACAGUCGAAGACGAAGAACUGGAAUGUUCAGGCAUCAACGACGAUAUAAACAGGAAGCAGGUGUAGAGGACUCUGAACAGAAGACGGUGGAGGAGGAUCGGAUACCUAGAGCUUCGUCCACUUUGAACCUAGAAGAUAUCGCCUGUCCUGGAUGUCGUGAGGCAGUAGUCAAUGAGGUGCUCAAUCAGCGGAGACUGCUAACUGAACAGCGCUGUGAUGAUACUCACAUGACUCGUCGUCGAGGUCAUCUGAGAUUGCGUGGACGCAGUUUAGAAGUUGUGGACUCACAAACAGCCGAAGGCGUCAAUGCCGACAUCGGCUUUACAUCACAUCGAAUCCAUCGCCAUCACCACCAUCACCAAAUAUUGGAAGGAGGCGAAGGUGCAAUUGGAGGUAGCUAUCACACUCUCUCGAGGUCGGAUUCACGAUUGAAUCGGGAGCGUUUAGAUCCGGGAGAUGAGGUAAUCAAGGACGAGGAUGUGGGAUCAGUCUCCUCAUCUACUGCUGCUGUGGCUGCAGGUGCCGAAAUUUUAGCAUCAACCUGUACCUCAUCGUCUACACCAUCACGAUCCAUUGCCUUCAGCGCCUCUCGAAGCUCAUGGAGUUCCUCGGUCUCUAGCGGUGACCUUUUAGAGACUCCCAAGCCUACAGGCGGAUCUCAUCAUGCGCUUGCAGUACCCUCGAUCCCCAGCAAUGGGAAACAGAGAAGUCACAGGAGCACAGAGACGCUACCUCGAGGCAAUCCUAAUCCUACGGAGAGUAGAAACACCACCCCAAUUGCCUUUGGUCGGCGUCUGCAUCGAUCGGCCAGUCGGGAGAAUCGACUGCCCUCGUGGCGGGGUUGGAUUCGAUUGGUGAAACCGAAUCCCACCGACUCAUUUGGGAUUGGCCUCUCCAAGGGCCUCUCUUCCACCGGCAUCUACGUCUCGGCUAUUAGACCUGGAUCCAUUGCCGACAGCUCUGGAUUGCUACAAAUCUACGAUCGAAUUCUUAAGGUCACUGAAGAAGAAAUGAUUGCUGCCGGCCUCACUUCAAAGGAGCGAGACUACUGUGCACCGAUGUUGAUGGCGUGGCGUAAAUGCAAAGCCGAAAGGGGCGUCCUAUUUCCGCUCUUCUGCGGACAUUUCCGUCAUGGCUACCUGGAGUGUCAGACUAAAGACCAAAUCUUGCGAAUGAAGGAGUACGAGAGAGAGUACCGUCUAAUGAAAAAGGACCAAGCCGCCUCUAGUAUCAAAUAA